AUGACCAUCCAUACACAGCAAUUCGACAACUCCCUCUUCAAUGGCUCAGUCUCUGUGAACACCAACCUGUUCAUCGAUGGCGAGUUCGUUGACCCUCUGGAGCGGCACGACAUAGAAGUCACCGACCCAACCACCGGCAGGGUCAUCACCACUAUAGCGGCGGGUGGCAAGAAGGAUAUCGACAGGGCUAUCGAGGCGGCCCGAACGACCUGGGGCAAGAAUGUCUCCGGGACGCAACGUUCGCAUCUUCUUUUCAAACUUGGCGAACUCAUGGAGAAGCAUAGCGAUGAGCUGGCGGCACUCGAGACGCUGGACAGUGGCAAACAUUACAUUCACGUGAAGACAGCAGACCCUGCGCAAACCAUCAGCGAUCUGAAGUACUAUGCUGGCUGGGCUGACAAGCUGGGCGGUAAGACAAUCGAGACCGACCCUACCAAAUUUGUGUAUACGAUUCACGAGCCGAUUGGUGUCGUGGGUGUGAUCACUCCCUGGAACUUCCCUUUGCUGCUUGCUUGUCGGAAACUCGGCCCUGCGCUCGCCACCGGAAAUUGCGUUGUCCUCAAGCCGUCGGAAGUGGCGCCGCUUGGGACACUCAAAUUGGCUGAGCUUAUCCAAGAGGCAGGCUUCCCUCCUGGUGUGGUGAACAUUGUCCCCGGUCUCGGCUCUGUCGCUGGCCAGGCCCUCGCAGAACAUCCCGACGUUGGCACGAUCGCCUUCACCGGGUCGACUCUCACGGGUCGCAAGAUCAUGCAAUCGUCGGGGAACAGUAAUCUGAAGCGUAUCACGCUCGAGCUUGGUGGCAAAACGCCCAACAUUAUCUUCGAUGAUGCUGAUAUUGAGCAGGCUGUCAAAUGGACUGAUAUUGGCCUCUUCUUCCAUGCCGGACAAAUGUGCACGGCUGGGACCAGAAUCUAUAUUCAGGAGGGAGUUUACGACAAGGUCAUGGAGCAACUCGUCGCGGCCGCCAAGGCCUCUGCCAAUCCCGGCACCGGAUUCGACCUUACCCCGCAGCUUGACCCUGUCGUCUCACAGACACAGCUCGAUCGUCUCUUGGGCUACAUCAGCUCUGGCAAGGACCAAGGAGCCAAGAUCGCCGUGGGCGGUGGCAGGCUCGGCAAGGAAGGCUAUUUCAUCGAGCCGACACUGUUCACGGACGUCAAGCCAGACAUGAAGAUUGUCAAGGAAGAGAUCUUCGGACCGGUUGGCGUUGUGAUCAAGUUCAAGAUUGAAGAGGAAGUCUUGCGAGCGGCGAACGACUCCGCGUACGGCCUGUCGGCGUGUAUCUACACCAAGGAUGUAGACCGAGCGGCGCGCUUUGUUUCUGCUCUUGAAACAAGAAGCGUUCGCGUCAACAUAACCUCUAUAGCUUUCUCUCAAGUGUCGUCGGGUGGUUACAAGCAAUCCGGCUUUGGCAAAGACCUUGGCGAGUACGCUCUCGAGGACUACACCAGCGUCAAAGCUGUUACGAUUAACCACGGCCAGAAGCUGUAAAUGGGCCUUUGUCGGCCAUGCUGUAUUGUAUGUUGUCCGUUAGCUUUGCUUGCUUCGCAACGGUUGCAUAUGAGGUGUAUCAUGUACUAAGAAAAAUGGGUUUUCUGUGAUAACAAAAGAUGUUGAAAGCCUAAAAUGGAAGUGCGGCGGGCCUAUAUGAUCACUGGACUCCGAAGCCUUUCCCA